AUGAAGCCACUCAGUUCAAACGGUCAGGAAAACCUGGCCGGAGCGACUUUCCAUGCUCGGACCGAUAACACAUAUAUCGUCGCUGGCCCGGGAUCGGGCACGUUCGAAUUUGCCGACUUCGUCAAUGCCAAAGCCGGAGGAAUGGUGUGGGGCAAGGCGUUCCUCCAGACGCUCUACGUCGCGGACCUUUUCUACAUCGCCUGCAUCACCUUCAUCAAACUCUCGAUCCUCUCCUUCUUCCACAACCUCUUCUUCAUCUCCGUCGCCUUCCAGCGCUGGGACUCGCCAUUGCCCUCUUCGUCGUCUGGUUUUCGUCUUCCUCCUCCUCAACGCCUUCCAAUGCCGCCCUGUCCACAUGCUCUGGGACGCCAUGAGCUCUGUUGA